CCUGAAUACAACUCGCACUUCACAUAUUCGUGUCAAAAUGCCGUCAAAGCUGACUGCAUUUGUUAGGAAUGUUUUAAACAUGCCCCUCUACCAGUCAGCGUCAAUCAUAACAGCCCUAGGCGGUUUUCUCUUUGGACUUGAUACUGGAACCGUAGGGCCUGUGACCACUAUGGACGCAUUUGUUAAGAGUUUUGGUCCUCUUUCCUCAACACUUCACGGGGUCGUCGUUUCGACCAUUCUGAUUGGCGGCACACUGUCGGGCGUCUUUGCUGGGAAUUUUGCUGACAUCUAUGGUCGUAUCCCAACUAUCAGCGCCGGAGCCGCUAUCUUCGGCAUUGGCGCAGCACUGGAAUGUGUAGCCCCAAAGCUUGGCGUUUUCAUAUUCGGAAGAUUCGUGAAGGGCUUGGGAGAGGGCUUGUUUUUAGGCACCCUGGUUGUGUAUGUCUGUGAAAUUGCUCCUGCAAGGAGACGUGGACCGUUGGCUAGCCUCAUCCAAUUCUUGGUCACAAUCGGACUAGCAACGGGCUUUUUCGUCUCUUAUGGCACGGCACGAAUUGGGCAGAGCUCGGCUGCAUGGAGAAGCCCUCUUGCCGUCCAAGCCUUGAUGGCAUUUAGCUUUGCAGCAGCAAGCAUGCGGUUGCCACCUUCGCCGCGAUGGCUGCUGGCUAAACACCGAACUGACGAAGCACUUCUUACGCUGGAGAGGCUAGGCUUGGACUGUACAGAACUGGAGCAGAUGGCCUCUCGUGCUUCGGUGGCGGAUCUUCACGCCGACACCUCAUUGCUUGGAUCCAUCAAGCAAAACUUCACCGAUAUGACACGCGUGUUUUCAAAAGCGGCAAGAAAGCAGACUGCCUUUGCAUGCUUCUUGAUGGCUAUGCAGCAAUUCAGCGGCAUUGAUGGGGUCUUGUACUAUGCUCCAUUACUCUUCCAGCAGGCCGGUCUGGCAUCUGGCGAGGCGUCCUUUCUUGCAUCCGGCAUUUCAGCACUCGUCAUAUUCGCCGUCACAAUUCCAGCCAGUAUGUACGUCGACCGGAUGGGUAGGCGGGCCUCGACUAUCUUUGGGGGGCUCGCGAUGUUCGUGGUCAUGACCCUGAUGGGGAGCUUAUAUGCGAGCCGUGCUGUACACGAAGGUCAUGGUGUCGCGAGGUGGAUUGUUAUCGUAUGUAUCUAUCUCUUUGCUGUCGCGUUCUCAAUUACCUGGGCGGUAUCGAUGAGGAUUUAUUCAAGUGAAAUUCAGCCUGCAGCCACAAGGGCAAGUGCUACGAAUCUUGCACAAAGUUCGAAUUGGAUGGCCAACUUUAUCGUCGCUCUCACAACACCAAUUUUGCUUGCUCGGUCCUCGUUUGCAGCAUAUUUCCUGUUUGGCGGUUGCACUCUUCUGACGGUCUUGGUCUGCUUCUUCUUUAUGCCGGAGACGAAAGGUAAGAGCCUGGAAGCUAUUGACCGAGCCUUCGCCGAGCACAAGGGCCCCUUUCCUUGAGAGGGUUGAGAUUGAGAAAACGUGGCAACAUGGUGAAGAAUUCGAUGGAACUCGAACCAAACCAUAGUGUAGCCUCUCUGCCAGUUGUUUGAAGCUCUUCCUAGCAACAAUUGUUUACGUACGAAUGGUAACGAUGUGCAUGCUGCUGUCGGCAGCAAGGCUGACUAAAAAGAAUAGACGCAGGAAUGAAGCACACGG